AUGAGCACACCUAUACUUGAUAACGGACAAGGGGUCAUUGACCCAGACGUAUACUUUCAGCUAAACAAGCCACCUGCUAGCUUACCCGAAUUCGAGUCAAAGCUCACAGCAUUUGUUGAGUACCAUCAACGACUUGAUAACAAGAUUGUCUUUAUUACUAGUGGUGGAACAACUGUUCCCUUGGAAAACCAGACUGUUCGUUAUAUCGAUAACUUUAGUAACGGUACUCGAGGCGCUAUUUCAGCAGAGUAUUUUAUAGAAGCAGGAUAUGCCGUCGUUUUCAUGCACAGACAACACAGUUUCCAGCCCUAUAAUCGACACUAUACACAUUCACAUACCACAUUUUUAGAUUACCUGGAGCCAAAAGAAGAUGGCACGAUACAAGUUCGUCAGGAAUAUGCAAGCAAGAUGCAUCAAGUGCUCUCAAAGUAUCAAACAGUCUUGCGCGAGAACAGAAUGCUCUUGCUCGAAUUUGUUACUUUACCUGAAUACCUUUUCAAGCUUCAAGCAGGCACGAAAAUAUUGGCGCGUUUACAAGAUAAGGCCAUGUAUUAUCUCGCUGCUGCUGUUAGCGAUUUCUUUAUUCCUUCACAGAAAAUGUCUGAACAUAAAAUACAAUCCUCUGAGGGCGCAUUGACUCUCACAUUGGAUCAAGUCCCAAAGUUCUUGAAGCCUUUGGUGAGUAACUGGGCAGCAAAAGGGUUAAUUGUAUCAUUCAAGUUAGAGACAGAAGCUAGUCUUUUAGUUCCAAAGGCUCGACAGGCAUUGACACGCUAUGGUCAUCAGGUCGUCAUUGGCAACAUGUUAACCACACGUAAGCAAGCAGUAACAUUAAUCACAAAGGAUGGAGAAAGAGCGAUAUCGUUGACAGAUGAAGAACUGGCAAAUGGUAAAGAAAUCGAAAGCUUGAUCAUCCCCGAAUUGGUUCAAAUUCAUCAACACUGGAUUCAGUCAGGCAAGACUGAUUAA